GUGAGCUGCUGCCAAGGCUUCUUUUCUUUCGACAGUCGAGCUGUGCUAUACAUUAAAAAAAAAUUCACUGAAUCUCAUAUUAUCCGUACCAACAAUCUUCCGUCAUUUUUCCACGAGCUCGAUUCAACCGUUUGCUCGUGACAAGCUAGAUUCGUACGCCCCAUUUUUUUUUAUUUUAGUCUAUUUCAAGGAUUUUAUUCCCAAUUCGGUCUGGUGCAUCAAUCUCGUCAAUCCAUCUACCAGUGAAGAUUCUGCAGGACUUGCAACGUACGGGGGAGACGGAUAGUGACGGAUUUCUUUUAUAAUUAGUAUUUAGUAGUUUUUUAUAUUGACUGUUGAUUUUUCCUCACUGCUUCGCUUCGAUUGAAGAUAUUGGAACAUUUUUUUUCCUCGACGCGCGUUGGGUACUAUUUACUCUGAAGAUAUACCAAUUUUUUUGGUAUGAGUACAAUGGAGCCUCCAAAGAGUGAUGGUGAACCGGAAAAAGCGGCUAUACCAACACCAGGAGUUGGUACUCCAGCAGCAGGCUCACAGCAUCCACCGCCGUCACCCUUAAGCGGAUGUUAUCUACUUGUAGUUCUUCCUGAACCUCAUAAUGCACAACACAAAGAUCUCAUAAUCAAUCGAAUUGCCAAAGGGUUUUUGUCGUGGGACAAAGACAACUGUCACGUCGAUUUGGAAAAGGAGCUUCAAGCUUUGGUUGCUCAGGCACCCGAGGGUGAAGAAGCAAGAAAUGGUGAACGAUUGAUUCAAUACGCAACUGAGAAUCUAGUGACAGAAAUUUUAAUUCAUCCCCAGUCAAAUACAUUACUUCAAUGCAUUCGAAAUUUACUCGCUAGUUUCACGAAGCAUCGGCACAUUAUUCACGCCGGUUAUACGUUCAGUGAGAAUGGUUCCUGGAUACUGCAGGAUGGAACCUUCAGCCUCGCUGACUUUUUGGACGCAUUUAACGAGCACGAUGUGCAGAGAGUGCUUCGGGCUUAUGAAAAUAGCGUAACUGUGGAUAUUAAUUGCGCAGCCAUUGGCGAAUGGUCUGUGCAGCGUCUAUCCAAAGAACCCUGUACUAGGUCCUGCAGAGUUCGGCUUAAUCCCGAUGACGUGUUAACAGCGGGUGUACCUGCAAUAACAAGUUUCACAAAUUACAUCAGCCAGUACCUAGUACCACAAGCGCUGGACCAACUGAUGCAACCAUCUGAUGUCGUUGGUAAUAUUCGAUUCAGCCAUCCAACAUUGUACGUCUUCCCUGGUGGUCAGGGUGAUGCAGCUCUUUUCGGAAUAAAUGGCUUCAAUAUGCUCGUCGAUGGUGGCUUCGCCAGAAAAUCUUGCUUCUGGGAUUUCACAAGACACUUGGAUCGUCUUGAUGCUGUCUUAUUAACACGCAUGAAUAAUAGCAACGUUGGGGGUAUGUCUAGUGUGCUCUGUAAAAAACGGGAGAUGCAGGUUUAUCCCCAUAUUGGACACUUCUUUUGCAAUCUCGUCGAGCGAAAGCACUCGAAUUCACCCGAUGGGGAUAAAGAUCUCGAUCCAUUGAUUCUCAGUUUAACUGAAUUGGGACAAGAGAUGAUGCUCAAUCUCAAGCAUAUAAAUCUCAGGCCACAUCCGUGCUACAGAGAGCCCGAGCCAAUAAAUCUUUAUCAGAAAGUUGGCCAUGGUACACUGGACAUGUAUGUUUUGAGUCCAAGCAAGGACAGCCGCGAGGUACGCGAAUUUUUGUCAAAGUGGAAUGCGGGCGAUUGGAAAUUAUUCGCUGGUUCCCAUAAGAAAGACUCGAACAACUUGACAUUUCCCAUUCAAAAUCUCGUAUCAAUAUGUGCAUUAUUAGUAUGGCAGCCUGCCAAUCCCGAGGACACGAUAACGAGAAUACUAUUUCCAGGUAGUACACCUCAGCACAAAAUAUUUGAAGGCAUUGAACGCCUCAGGCAUCUUGAAUUUCUCAAGCACCCGAGGUGCACGGCAAAGAGCAUAUCACCCUCGGCUUCGUUAGUUGCACUCAAGGAUAAACCGAUGAAAAUUCAGAAGAUGAAUCUUAUGGAUAGGGAGACUAAACGUGCUAUAGAGGUGCGAAAAGCUAAGCGUGAAGAUGAGACUAAACAGAAAAUCGAACUGACUCAACCAGAAAAGGGCGAGGAGAAACCCAAACCUAUUCCGAAAAAGAAGGAAAUUGUUGAAAAUAAGAAAAUUGAUAGUGAUAUCAAGGAAAAUGGUGUUAAAGACGUUAAGAAAAUCGAUAAGGAAUUGAAGGAUAUUAAGGAUGCAAAGAAAAUGAUCAAGGAUGAUGUUAAAAAGACUGAAGUGAUAAAAAAUAAACCGGAAACUGAGAAAACUGCGGUAAUCAAAGAGAUGAAACCGAAACCCGAGCGUAAAGAAAAGAAAAUAACCAAAGAACCGAUCCAAAAAAUUUCUCUUCCAAAAGCGAAAGCCGAGGCGGCCCCUGAGAAGAAGACCAAAGCACCGACACCAAAGAAAAUUGUCAAUGGAGUUUCACCUAAACCUGAGGACAAGGUGAAAGCAGCACCAGCAAAGUCUGCACCAAAAACCGCAGCCAAAGUUCUACCAGCGGCUGCACCCAAGAGUGCUAAAGAUGCUAAUAAUCGAAAAGUAGUUGAGCAGAAAAAUAUAGAGAGGAUGAGCAUGUCCAAGGCAGCAGCUAAACCUAAAGCUACUCCACCCACGGAGAAAAAACCUGUGCCAAGGCGACCAAAACCCAGUGGAAGUCCCAGUAAAGCUAAAUUCGUUGCUGGUAGUCCAAUAAAAUCAGCAAAGAGCACCCCAACUGCCUCAGUAAAGUCCGAUAAAGAUGGAGUCAUGAGGAAAAUAAAGACUGAAAAGGGCACAGCGGAUUCAUCAACUGUAUCAACACCAUCAGCAAUUGAAAUUGAUUCAAUGACUAAAUUUACGGACAAAUGUUUGACGGAGAAGUCAGAGGACAUGUCACUUGAUUCAAUUGAGUCGAAGGUUCUGGCUGAUCUUAAAGAGGAACGCCAGGUUGUCGAGGAGAUUGAGGCAGUACUGCAAAAAGCGGAAAGAAUUGAAGUAGCGAGAAAGGAGAGCAGGAUUGACGGUGAGGAUGAAGUAACUGGGGAUGCCACCGAUAAAAAAGAUAUUACUGAGGACAUGACUGAAGACGAUGUCACUGCUGACAUUGAUGAAGUACCACGAAAAACUCCGACUAGGAAAGCCAGUCAGGAGCAAUUAACCGAGGAAGAGGAUGAAUAUCUUAUUAUCGAAAAAGAGGAAGGUGACACUGAGGACUCUGUGCACAGCGGGGAAGCUGAGCAUAAGCAUUUCUUGGAUGCAGCCCAAUCGGAAAAGGAAAAAAUCCUAAAAGAUGAGGAGUACGAGGAAAAAGAGGUCGUUGAUGAGGAAGAAUUGGAACCCGAGGAAAUAGAGGAGGAGGACGAGGAAGAGAUCGAUGAAGAGGAGGACGAAGGCGAGGAGAAAGAAAUGGCGGUGGAGAAGGGGAUCAUGGAGGAGCGCGAGAAAAGUGAUGAUGCAUCUGAAAAGAAACCUCAUCCAGAAGUAGAAAAGACUCCGGAGAAAGCAACCACACCUCUCGCUGAGUACAAAGAGCAGCCUGAAGAUGAAAUGAAAGGGAUAAUCACAUCGGCAACUGAAAUACUCCAGAAAACAGAGGAGAAAGACGAUUCAGGGAAAAAAGAUAGUGAGGAUAUAACAAAAGAGCCAUCGAGUUUGAGUCCUGAGAAAUUGGAUUCUUCUGAAAAGAAAACAGAUACUGACGUUAAGCCAGAAGUGGAAAAAACUAAAGAGAAAAUGGAAGAAUCACAGGAACGUAUAUCCACUAUAGAGUCAGGUGCAACUACCACCGCACCAACUUUGCCUGAGGACGAACGAAUUCCUGUGGAUGCGGCGAAGCCAUCGGUACCCGAAAAAACGGUUGACGAUAAAAAAGUGGAAGUGCCGCAAAAACCCAAGGAUAUAACACCAUUAGCCGCUGAACCCAGUGAGGUGAAAGCUGAGGUGCGAACAUUUAAUAUUCGUCAAGGUCCUCAAGCACUCCAAAGAGACAUCGUUAAAACUCCCGAUGAGGUAGCCGAUCUGCCUGUGCAUGAAGAAGUUGACCCGAAACUCUACAAAAUGGAAGAUUUUGAGAAAUCUAAAGAUGAAAAAGCUCAAGCACCAAUUAGUGCUCCUCAGGAACUGAAAGAAUCACCGAGUAAAGAGCAAAAGGGUGUUUUCAGUUUCUUUGGUAAAGUUGCGGAUAAAUUUGAGAAGGGAAUGGACAAAUUGACGGGAAAGGGUAGAAGGGAUUCGGAAAAAGAUAUCGAUGAGAAAUCUUCAUCUAAAUCAACUUCUCCUAAAGGUGAUCUAUGCCUCGAUGCUGCUCCUACCGUUGUUUCCGAAGUUCAACUCCCUAAAGUUGUGGAGAAAGAGAGAGAGAGAGAGAAAGAAACAGAAAAAGAAAAAGAUUCGGUAGAACCACCAGAGACUGUACUCUCAACGCCGGCUCCUCAACCAUCGCAACCAGAGGACAAAACCAAAAAAAUUCCGGCUGAUAGCUUACAUAAAUCAAUUGAAGCUCUUGACGAUUUGGAAGAUGCCGAUGGUGUUGAGGCCCUUCUCGAGGAAGCCUCAAAGAAAUUUAAAACGGUGAAAGAUAGCCUCCGCGAUUCCCUGGAAUCGCUGGAAGAAAAAAUCGUUGAGGAAGAAUUCAAACGAGCUGCGGAACUCGCAGUAUCCACCAAAGAUGAAGUAAAAGAUACUCUUGAAGAAGUUGUGGAGAAAUUAGAGGAGAUUCAACCGCAGAUGCAUGGAGUUGUGGUGGACGAAAAAGAACCUGAGAAAGUGCACUUCGUUGUACCUGCAGAUGAUGAAGAUGAAGAUGAGGAAGGAGAUGGCACUGAUUUAGUGAGAGAUGUCAAAGAGGCUGUACGUGAAGUAGGUGAAGUACUCGCAGGUACUGCCGGUAUUUUACUUGAUGAAAAACCGAAAGAUGUCAUCGAAAUUGUUAAGAAAGUCGCAGAAGUGUUGAAAGAAGAUGACUUCUUGUCCGAAAAAGCCCUCUUCGAGUCACCUGCUAAAAGCCCUACUCAGAAAGAUGAAAUCGAAGAAGUGGUUGAGAAAAAAACGUCUUCAAUGUUGGAAUGCAAGGAGGAACCGUGCAUUAAAAAAACCGUUGAAGUAGAGCCUGUCGAAGAUUCUGAAAAGCAAGUUGCAGACAAGUCCGAUGCAAAAGCUAUUUGCCAAGAUUUGAUGAAGGAUGAAGUUUCUGUGCAGCGGAGAAAACGUAGUCUCACAGAACAAGAGGGCAUCGACGUUAUGGAAGCGGGUGUUGAAGAAGUUUGCCAAAAGAUUGAAGUGCCUGAACGCCAAGAAAAACAUGAGCCUCCAGAAAUUGACAGCAAAGAAGACAGGCGCGAUUCAGUGGAAAUUGAACCAGCCCAAAUUUCACUUGAACAUAAAAUAGCUCCGACUACUGCCGAGUACGUUAUUGUGACACCUGAUUCACUUCCAGCAUCGCCAAAAUUCCCCAGUGAGAAGCUCCAAACUCACUUAGAAAAAGAAAUUAUUGCUUCGAAUCUCCCAAGACCUGGACUUCCUAAAGAAGUUCAAGACAUUAUCGAGUCUGCCAAGACUCUUGAUGAAGUCAUUGGGCAGUUGGUCUUUGCCAAGAAUGAGAAAAUAACAAUUGAAAUAAUUGAAUACAUAAUUUUAAUUAGGCGUGUACCUAGAGAACAAAUUAUGCACGUUAUCCAGGAGAUAAUCACUAAGAAAAAAGUGCCGCAGAAUACUGUCGUGGCUGAUGUUAAAAUUUUACAGCCUGAAGAACAACCGGAAGUAGAAAUAAAGACCAAAAUCAGCGGGGUCGAUGAGAAGGAGAAAGAUACCGAUACGAAGGCCGAAACUCCAGCGGACGACUCAAUGAUUACGGAUCAACAGAGAUCAGAAAUCGAGUCAGAAAUAUUGAACGAAUACUUGACGAAAAAUAAAAAGAUAACAAAAAACAUUAUUGAGGAAAUUCAUGUUAAACGACGAGUUCCUAUAUACGUUAUUAUUGAGAUUAUAGAAUAUAUAAUUAUUCAGAAAAAAUUGCAGAGGCAAUCACUUCUGGAUGUUGAUGAUGCAACAUGGGAAAAAUUGAAAUUGGAUUAUGCAGGCGACGGAGAAGAGGAAGGAAAGUCUGUAGAGGAAGAUCAACAUCUUGAAGAUUUUAUAAUCGUUCCGUCAGCAGGAGAAGUUGAGAAUCUUCAUCGCAUAGAGUGCGAAAUUCUCGACAAUUAUAUUGGCAAAGGAAAAAAAAUCACACGGACAAUUGUGGAAGAAAUACAUGUAACGUGGAAAAUUCCUAUUUACGUGGUGCUUGAAGUAAUUGAAAAAAUCAUUAUUACAAAGAAACUCCAGAAAAAUUCAGUGGUCGAAAUUCCAGAGGGAGUUUGGAAUGAGAUGGUGUCUGAUGCCUUGAACGAGGAAAAACUCGCUUCAGAGAAGGCUCAUGACGGUUUCGAAGCUGUCGAACAAGAGUAUAAAUUUUCGGAAGAGAAAGAGAAAAUUGAAACAGCUGGAGUGGAACGAGGAGAAGUUUUGGAGGAAGACACCAGUGAUGUUAUGGAAGCUGACGAGAAACUCAUCGACAAAUCAUCAAUAGAGAAACCCCGACUGUCUAUCACUGAUAAAAUAAAAACCGACACCGAUGGAAAGAAAUCGCCAGUCGAAAUAAAAAAAGCAGAGACUAUUGUAUCACAUGAGGAACCAGAAGUGUCUGCAGUGGAGUCCGAAGUGGAUGACGAAUCAUCAUCAGUUCGUCGGAUGAUUGUUACAGCAACUAGUGAGGAUGGCGGUGAUGAAACCGUUAUCUGUCCAACCGGAAGCAUUACCUUUGGCAAAUCGAUUACUCCAGACGAUUCACUCAAGGGUUCUCCAAUAAAAACUGAACAUGACAAAGAUUCUCUGCAUUCACAUGAGAGCACUCCUGAAAAAGAUAGCAUUUCGGCGAAGGACAGUUUGGAUAAAUCUCCCACGAGUGUGCGCGAUUCUCAGACUUUGGACGACAGUAUCGAAAGAUCUAAAACCGAGGAAAAAAAGAUUCCAGAAAUUCCUGCUCCCGCUGUCGAGGAAAAAACCAUGAAAGAUCUGCAUCUCGAUCAAAUUGAUAAACAGCCAUCAGAUUAUGACAAAACUGAAGACGCCUCACCAGCAGAGAGUGUUUUUGCUGAAUCUCCUCUGAAGGAACCAAUGAAAAGGGAUAUGGUUGAUGCCAAACCCAUCCCAGAUGCAAAACCAUUAGAACAAGUGCCCCCACAGGAAGAAAAAGUCGACGUCUCUGUAGAGAAAGAGCCGACGCUGAUGAAAGAAACAAUGGAGAAGGAAAAAAUUGAUGUGGUUCUCGAUAAGUCACGAUCUUCCAGUAUUGGAUCUCUAACUCAGGAGGAGGUAACGCCUACCGCAAUAAAAACCUCAAGGAGAGACAGUACUAUAAGUCAGGAACCAAUUAUUAAACCUGAUGGAAAAGAUAGUGCUCAUGAUGAAUCAAUUGCAACGCCAAUUACAGCACCGAGUGCAGAUCAUCCAGAUGCAACGAUUAGGAAAGAAAGUGUAACUGCUGUGGAAAAGGAUAAAAUUGUAACAGACGUGAAAGCUGAGGCUGAUGAAACGAAGAUAAGUUCAACAAUUGUCCCAAGUGAUAAAGCUGUUGAUCUAAAAACUCUGGAUAAAAAAAUGGAGCGAAAAUCCCCCAGUCCCAGUCCAGACACUGAAAAAUCUUCUGUAUCUCCCGAUGUUGCAGCAACUGGGAAAGAUGAAGAAAAAGUGAAGGAAUCAGACGCAAGCCCUGAUAUUUCACUCGCUCCAAAAGAACAGACAAAAGAGGAGGAACCGGAAGAAAGUGCGGUAGAAAUCGAUGAGAAAUCUUCUACCAUACCACCAAUUUCUCCAGUUGCUUCAUUAUCUCCAAAAGAGAGUUUGAUUGAAGAAAAAGAAAAAUCGGAAGAGAAAUUAUCGGAAAGCGUGGAAGAGAAAGUGACUUCACCCCUGCGAAGAGCAAGCGUUGCCUCAUUAAAGGAUGAUGAAGUGAAAAAAUCGUCUGCCCCUGAAACUUUGGACGAUCACGAAUCAGGGGAGAAAGAGAAGAAUAUCGAUGGAAUCGCCGAUAGCAGGAAAUCACCGACGCCUCCGAAAGAAAUUUCGCCAAUCAAGAAAGGAAUUUUGAGUGAAGAAAAAGAUUCACUGGAUGGUACUAUUGGAACAACGAUUGGGGUUCCCACCAUUACCGAUAAAUUAUCGAUAACUUCUAAAGACAAUUUAUCACUUGAUACAACAAAACCCCCACCGAUUAUGGAUAAUGGCAAACAUGGCGAGAUUAAAACAGAUACUGAAUCUGAUCAUAAAAAAUCGCCGAGUCCAAGUCCCACAGAAAUAAAGUCUGCGCAAUCAUCCAGAGAGACAUCUCCAAUUCGUAAACAGAGUUUACUCACUGAAGGUGUAGAUGUUAAAGCUGAUAUUGUUGCAGACGACAGAAAAUCACCAGCUUCGAGCAUUGGAGAUGUCAGAUCGACGAAAUCAUCCAGGGAAGUCUCCCCAAUUAGAACGGAGAAGCUUAUCGUGGAGUCUGAUAUGAAAAUUGAUGAGGAUGACAAGAAAUCUCCAACACCGAGAGUAACUGAUGCAAAGUCUUCGCGGGAUAUUUCGCCGGUGAGAAAGGAAAGUUUAAUUGCUGACAAACUUGAUGAGAAGGUGUCACCCAGUGUAACUUCAACCUCUCCAAUCAGAAGAGGAAGCAUUAGUCAUGAUGGAAAAGAGUCUCUUGAAGUAGCUGAAAAGUUUGAUGAGAAAACAGCCCCAAGUCCAGCGGGCUCCAUUUCUCCAAUUCAUAGAUCAAGUUUAACUGUCGAAGAGAAAGCAUUACCGAGUGCCCCUCUAGCAGAGCAUGAAGAAAAAAUGAUUGAUUCUCAAAAAUCGCCGACAUCUCCCGGCGGUGCUUCACCAAUUAAAAACCAGAUUGUUGGAAAAUUGGAAGAAUUGAGUGUAGAGCCAGGAGUCGGUGAAACAUCUCCUGUGAAGAGUAUCAAAUCUCCAGCAUCUCCACGAGAUAAAUCCCCAUCAGAAAAAGAAACUAUUGUUCCUGAAGAAAAAGUAUCAGCGAGUCCAAGAUUAUCAAUUGAUUUAAAAUCUGAUAAAAAAAUUGGCGACGGCAAAUCGCCUAGUCCUAUUGCUCCAAGUAUUAAAUCUUCAACAUCUUCAGGUGAUACUUCACCUAUUCGAAAAGAGAGCCUAGGGUCCGACAAGAAAUUGCCCACGAGUGAUUUGGAAAAAGAAGGAAUUGACUCAAAAUCUGGAGACACAAAAGACGAGAAGAAAACACCGAGCCCAACCAUUGGAAGCCGCAAGUCUUCAAUCACUCCUCAAGAUACUUCAUCAAUAUCACCGCGAAGAGCAUCUGUCGAUAUAAAAGAUGAUGCCGACGCGAUUUUGAUACCCGAUGAGAAAAUUGCUAUCGGCGGGACUUCCAGAUUGUCAGUUGACUUGGAACCCGAAGACGUUGCAAUUGACAAAAAAUCUCCCAGCCCAAUUGCUGAAGGCGUGUCGUCAAUUUCUCCACGAGAGACUUCACCAACUCGAAAAGAAAGUCUUGCUCUCAGUGAAAAAAUAUCUGCAAGCCCCAGAGUAUCAAUUGACAUUAAACCUGAAGUGGGUCUUGAUGGAAAAUCUGUAAGUCCUGUCAUAGGAAGCCCUAAAUUAGCGUCCCCUCGUGAUACCUCUCCAAGCAGGGAAGUUCACACAUUAGAGGAAGAAAGAAUGUCUCCGACUUCAACUCCAGUGGUGGCAGCUGAUUCAAAACUUGAUGAAAGUCAUGAAAAAGCCCCUAGUCCAGAUGAGAAAGCCGUGGUUGGUGAUACUCCACGGGCAUCCAUUGAUAUUAAACAACACCAGGAAACUAUUGAUAAGAAGACCCCUAGCCCCGAUGAAAAAGUCACCGUCAGUGAAACUCCCAGAGAAUCUGUCGAUAUCAAAUUGGAAAAAGAGAUUAUCGAAAAAACGCAGCGUAGUCCAGAAAAAGUCUGCGUCAGUGAAACUCCAAGAGCAUCCAUCGAUAAAACUCUAUCUAGUCCAGAUGAAAAAAUCUCAGUCACCCAGAGCGCACCUAUCGAUAUAAAACAAGAAGAGAAACCUAUUGACAAAGAGUCAUCUAGUCUGGAUGACAAGGUCGCGUUUAGUGGUACUUCAAGUGGAACUCUUGACGUCAAACACGAAGAGGGGACUAGCGAUAAAAAAACAUCUAGUCCAAAUGAAAAAGUAUCGAUCAGCACGCCAAGGGCAUCCGUUGAUAUCAAACACGACGAGGAUGACGAUCACAAAAUCUCAAUCACUGGAAUUUCAGCGCCAUCAAUUGAAACGAAACAGCCUGAGUUUACUGAUAAGAAGGUACCCAGCCCUGAUGGAGUCGCGAGCGAAGCUCCAAGAGCAUCAAUUGAUAUCAAAUUGGAGGAGAAGAUUACCGAAGAACCUAAACUAGAGGACAAAGUCUCAGUUACCACCCCAAUUGCACCCAUGGAUAUUAAACAAGAGAAAAAAGAAGAGAAAAUUAUUGAUAAAGAGUCAGCCAGUGCAGAUGACGAAGCCCUAGUCAGUGAGCAGACAGCAUCUGUCGAUAUCAAAAUAGGUGGGGAGAUUGCCGAAAGGGAGUCACUCAGUCUACAUGACAAGGUCUCAAUUAGUGGUACUUCAUCUAUUGAUAUCAAACAAGAAGAAGAACCAGACGAUAAAAAAACUCCUAGUCCAGAUGAGAAAGUCGAGAUGAAUAGUACGGCAAGGUCAUCCAUUGAUAUCAAAUCUGACGAGACUGACAUGAAGGAGACUGUUUCCGAUGGCAAAAUCUCGGUCAGUGAAACUAUAACGGUCUCUGCCGAUACAAAACAUUCCGAGAUAACUGAGAAGAGGACACCAAGUCCAGAUGAGAAAAUUUUGACCAGUGGUACUCCGAGAGCAUCUGUCGAUAUAAAAUCAGCUGAGGAAAUUACUGUAUCCACUAUUUCUCCCGCAGCUCUCUCACCAGUCAAAAGUAUAUCGAAAAUAACGGAUGAUAAAGGUGACGAGAAACAUGAAAAAUCAGCAGUCAAUGAAAUUAUCACCGAAAAAACAAUCAUACAAGAAAUUACAAUGAAAUUAACAGAUGGUUUAGGAAAUGAUAAAAUUAACGGCAAAGAAUCUCUGAGUCCUAGUAUCGUUGAUUCGAAAUCUGCAACGUCUUCACGUGGCGUGUCUCCAGACAGAAAAGAAAGUUUAAAAGACGUGAAAUCAUUGGCUUCAUCUCGUGAUGCCUCUCCAAUUCGAAAGGAAACUGUAAUUUCGGAAGUGGCUGGAAAAUCUCCAGAAUCCGCUUCAAUUGUAUCACCACCUAAAAAGGAAAGUCCAGCUCCAGAAGUUGAGGAUACGACCGUAAUCCUUGAGAGUUCUACGAAGACAACAGAAGAAUCACGCGAUGUUGAAUUAAUCGAGAAAUCUCCGGAGUCAUCCCAAGUGAUUUCUCCGAUCAGAAAAACAAGUUUAACCCUCGAGUCAGAGGGAAAAACUGUGGUAUCCCCAGAGGUCAUAUCGCAAAAGAAAGGUGAUAUCAAAAUGGAUACACAGCUGUCACCCCAAAAAUCUCCAGAACCACUGAUGAAAGACGCCAUUGAAAAGGAUAUGGGUAUACGAUCACGAUCGUCUAGCAUGGCUUCCGAAAAAUCAACGGUCGAACCAACAAAAGAUGAGAAAGUCCCAACAAAAGAAUUAUUACAUCAAUUAGACUCACCAGUUCCUGUCGAUAAAUCUCCAGCUCGAUCACCAACCCAUUCACCUGCUCAAAAACCAACAACCGCUGAUAAACACGAGGAAGUGGAAUUUCCAGAGGCUCCAUCACGGGACCGAUCUCGAUCACACAGUCUCUUCGACGCUGGAGAAAAAACUCCUCUAGGCAGAUCAAGAGCAGCUAGUCUUUUUGAGGAUAAAGAAGAUAUUGUAAAAGCUGUCUCGCGAAAAUCCUCAGGAUUAUCCGAAUUCCAUGAAGAUCACUUUCAGCGAGAGGAAGCUGAAGAUGAUAUAGAAAUAUCAGAGGCUAAACGUAUUAACAUUGAGCGAUACAUCAUAAGCCAGUACGUAUCCAGAAAGCAAAAGAUAACUGAGGCAGCACUGGAAGAGAUAGUAGCACUGUUUGAAGUGCCAAAUUAUAUCGUCAUUGAGAAAAUUUACGAAAUCUGUGAAAAAAUGAAAAUUCCAAAGGAAUCGAUAAUUGACGAUGUGAAUGUCUUUGAAAAGACACAGUUGCAGGUCUCAAAGGGAUUACCAGAGGCUAAUAUGCUCUUGCAGAUACCUCUGACUACCAAAACCAAGAUGGAAGACUAUAUAACACAAGAGUACAUUGUAAAGAAGAAACGAAUUACUCCGAAGAUUCUUCAUGAAAUUUCGCUGUUGAAGGGAUUAGACGAAGAGACCAUCUUGCUUAUAAUUGAGUUGAUCAUCAUUGAAAGAGAAAUACCGAGGGAAAGCCUCAUUGAAGAUGAUACUUUUGUAGGACAUUCAAGUCGAAAAAGUCCAGCUAUAAAGGAAGGAGACGAGAUUCAUCAAUUUGAGGGCUAUAAAGGAUACGCUGGAACAGGAGGUGGUAUUACUCAAUACAAAGAGGAACACAAGUCUGGAAAAUCCUCUCCAGAGCGAAGAUCCUCAGGGUAUUCUACUCCUGAAGUUCGACAUUACGAUGACAAAUAUGAAAGCCAAUUCCAUAAGGCUUUUGUUGGAGGCAUGACGGAAAUUCGCACUACUCACAUAACAACCUUAUCCGGUAAAUCAACUCCUGAUGUUGGCACAAGGAUCGACACCCCAGAUUCUCUUCAAGAUACCGUUGGAUCCUCUGAUAAAAUGAGCCAUGAAAAUAUGGAGGGCGAACCUGUUGUUAUUAAACGUACAAUUAGAACGGAAGUACCAGAGUAUGAAACUGUCAUCACAAAAACUGUAGUUAAACGAGAGAUAAUAGAGGAAGACGACGAUGGGACACCCGACGAUAAAUCUAAUAUAGCUGGUGGAUUUGAUGAGAAAGGCGUGAUGAAAGUUGAUCUCAGCAAGAGUUUAAUCUCCUCGUCUUCGGGGAGAUCAACACCUGACAGGAUUAGGGAUUUGUCGGAGGGUAGAUCUAGCACAGCUACACCAGACAGCCUUCGCUCGCAUGAAGUUAUAAAGACGACUAUAACGAAAACUCGAACAUUGUCCGAUGAGGGUGAGAUUAUCACAACAACGAAGGAAGUAACUGAGACGACUAAUGAACAUGGUGAAACAGUGGUAGUUGAGGAGAAAGUUGAUGUCAAAACAACUCCAGCAGAACCAGGGAUUGAUACUACUCAUCAUCGGCUUGAACAACGACCUCAUGAGGACUCAGAGGAGGACUCACCCCUCUCUGCAACAUCCCAAGUUUAUCAUUACAAUGAAGCUGACCAAAAACAUGUAGAAUUUUCAACAGCUGACAUGAGCAGUAGUUUCUACGGACAAUUACCGGAUAUCCCACCACCCCGUCACUCCACUGAAACUGUAGGAGAUGACAAGGAUUUUUCAUUCAAGAAAUUUUCACUGGAGAAACAGGUCGUUGGAGGAGCUGACGAGCACAUGACCACUUCACGACAAUUCUCCGAUGUUGCUGAUUACGACGUUGAUAAAGUACUUAGAGAACACGAGAAAGACCAGGAGGGAGAUGACGAGGACGAGGCCAAGGAUCCGAUCGGAGGCUGGGGUACUCCAUUAAAACUACCUUCUCCCGAACGACCCGAUAAAUUCAAUCUUCGAUCAGUUCCAAUUGUUCGUUCAUCGGUGGACAUGUCACCAGACUCUCUCAAUUUUGAUGUCAUCAAUGACUGGGGUGAACCACUCAGACUACCAUCCCCUGCUCCAACUGCUGAUGAGGUAUCUAAUAAAGCUAUGCCCCCUACUCCGAAGAAGGAACGCAGACAACCGAAAAAAAUCGUUGCUGAAAAUAUGAAGAAUAAGAAGCGCUCUGAUAGUCCCGCCAACAAGGAGAAGAAAAAAGAAUCGAAGAAGGUCCAGCCGGUUUAUCUGGACUUGACCUAUGUUCCACAUCAUGGCAACUCUUAUUACGCAAGCUUGGAAUUUUUCAAACGUGUACGGGCUAGGUACUAUGUUUUCAGUGGAACUGAGCCUAGUAGAGAAGUCUAUGAUGCACUGCUAGAUGCCAAGAAGACUUGGGAGAAUAAGAAUCUCGAAGUGACAAUGAUUCCUACAUACGAUACUGACACUCUCGGUUACUGGGUAGCUGAUAAUGAGGAAGCUCUUGCAGCUAAUCAUAUUGAUCUGUCACCAUCAGCAUCGCGUUGCACAAUUAAUCUACAAGAUCACGAGACAAGCUGUAGCGCUUAUCGAUUAGAGUUCUAGGACAUGUCAGCAUGCUCAGCUCUACUGGUCGAAUUCUGAGCGAAAUAACCAUCACCGUCAGACUCUUAAUAUCCUUGAUAAAUGAGAAUUAAUAGAACGAAGGAAAAAAUAUUUCUCAUUCGGCAUGAACUAAUUGUUCACAAUGAUCUAAUUUUCAUAAAAGAAAAUGAUCUAUUAUCUUGCAACAAUUACUUUUUUUUCUCGACAUAUUAUUAAAUUCAGAGCAGCACAAAAUAAUUGAAUGAAAUCGAUAAUCUACAGGCAGAGUAAUAAAUGAAUAAUUAUGCCAUCAUUGAAGUUAGAUUGGAGGAGAAUGAAUUAUGCAAGUGGGCCUUAAGUACUUCCAGUCGUGAUUCUCGAUAAUCUAACAUCCGCCAGUCAUUAAACCGAAAUUCUUUCGUUGAAAUUAGUAUGAAAAAUCUCGACUGUGAAACAAGUGAAUAAUAUUGUGAUAAAUUUCAGCAGGAGAUUGUGACAUUUAAUAGGAAAAACCAAGUAACAUGCUAUAUGCUUUAUCAUUUGCGAUACGAUGGGAUUGAAUCUCUCUGUGCACCUAUUGCUUUAACUCCGUAAGAUUUAUCUUUUAUUUAUCCCUGAUGAUUCAACAGUUAGUAUCGACAGACUGUAUUAUGUUAAAUUCAUGUGGAUGGAUGAAAUUCUGCAGUCGAAUGAGACAAAGGACAAUUCAAUGCAAUGGGCACUGUGUGAGUGCCUUUAUUUCAUUGGAUUGCACCAUCAAAAAUUGACAUUUUUCUAGUCACCAAAUUAAUUUGCAGCUAAUUAAAUCCAUACAGGUAUGAUCUAUAUACGCCUUCCCAUUACUGGAGGAAAACAUUGGGUAAAGAAUUGUAAAGGAAAUUGUUUAUUGGCUUCCUUACAGAGUGAGUUUUCUGAUCAAAAUUGAAGUCAUCAUAUAGUUAUAUAAUCGGCUUAAAAGCUUAUCGAGUUAUUUUAAUGUUUAUUAUGCACUGCUUGACAUUUUAUCUGAAAAAUAUUUAUAUUGAAGUUAUUGAUUAUUGAAACUCAUUUAAAAUAUAUACGUAUUUUAUGAGCAAAAGCUUGGCCUAAUGGAUAAUCGGCUUUUUCUAAAUUGGAAAACAAAAUAAAAAAAAAAAUUAUAUGAAAAAUAUAAGUGAUAGUUGAUGAAAGUCUAAAAUCUUUUGUUAUUAAAUUCCAUAUAAACAAAAUUAGUCAUAGGGUAUUAUUAAGCAUGGAUGCUUAAUACUUGAUUGCAAUACAGGAUGUGAUAAUGAGCUUAAAGUAGUAGGAGGGGAGGUAAGUAAAAUGAAGAACCAUGAUAUCUGUUUGUCUGGACGCGGGCUCGACAAAACGAUACGAAUAUAUUGGCAUAAGUUGCCUUAAAAGAUUUAUAUGAAUGGACGAGGGAAUAAUAAAGAAUGAGAAUCAAAAUAAAGUGACAUAUACGAAUUAACAAGUGUAUACAUUUUUUUUUUUGACAUUCAUUGAUUAUGAAACUGUCUCUAUAAGGAAGCACUUCGAUUAGUAUGAGAUAUUAAUUAUCGAAUCAAACUUUGCGAAUUACUGAAUAUAAUAAAUUCAAAAGGAAAAAAAAAUCAUUGUUUUAUUGUUUUUACUUGAACCAAAAUGAGGCAGUCCACUGGUCUUCUACUUGGACGUAAAAAAUGUAACAAACUCGCCCUCGAUUGAGCCGUAUUAUUCAAUAUGCUUGAAAUUUCCAUCCAAAAAAGUUUACGUGAUUAACCAGAAAUUACCAUUUAAUAUUAGAUAUUGAUAUACAAUAUUCGCUCGAUUUUGAGCAACUUGGAAAGGAUUUUUUAUUUCUCUCCCACAUUGACGUGAUUAUUAUUACGAUUUACAAAACUACCCGUCCGUCGGAUCUGCUUUUAUGAAAAAUAUAAAAAUUCAAGAAAAAACACGGAAAAACCCACGUAUCUAGGCAGCAAUAAGACAGCAUGAAAACCAAAAGACGUCAAACGGAAACAAAUAAAAACAAUUCAAUUUUUGUACUUGUUCUUUGGGCAGAGAUAAUUACUGUAGUGAUGGAAUUGUAGACAACCAUUUGAGAAGAAAAAAAACAUUCGUAGACGAGAGGCAUAAAUUAGCGUUGAACUUGGUACGGCAUUUGAGGGAAUAAAACUUAUGAAAGACAUUUAAAUACUUCUGAUAUCAAUGAAUAAUUAUUUAAUAAUAAUAAUAACUAUCGUACUGGUUUGAAGAGUAUCGAAAUAGGAUAUAUAGACAUCAGGAUAAUUGAAUUAUCAAAAAUUCCGAUGAAUUUUGUUAAUACAAUUAUUGUGAUGAUUCACCCUACGAAUGUGAUGGAAAAUGCUUUUUAUAUAUUGCAUAUAUUGAAUGCAAACUAUUACUGGAAAUGAUGGGAAAAUACGAAAUAAUAAAGAAAAGGCGAUGCCAGAUAAAUACAUUUAUCCAUUGUUUAUAAAAAAUAAUUAAAUAACGACCAGCUACCUAGGUAGGAUGUUAAAAUUAUAAAAUUAAUAAGACCGAUGAUAAGAUGAAAAUGAAACUAUUAAUCAUAAAAUGAAGUUUGAUGAUGAGUUAUUGAUGUAGUGACUCGAGCUUUCACAGAAAAUCAU